AUGUUCGAGCGCAGUCCGGAGGUGCAGGAGACGCUGGAUAAGGCCAAGGGAGCCGUCAAGCACAUGCUGGUGGGUGCCAGUAUGGCCGGCGCCACUGGAGCCACCAUUGGAGCGGUGCUGGCUGCUUUACGCAAUGAGAGCAUAAAUUUCUACGCCGCAUCCAUGGGAUCCAACUUUUUCUUGCUGUCUUCAACAUAUAUUGCGUUUGAGGAGGUAAUUGCGGACAAGAGAGGUGACAAAAGAGAUUGGAUCACAGGUGCCGGAGCUGGUACAAUUACUGGCGGAUUCUACGCUGGUUUGGUCGGUGGUCGGCUUCGAGGUCUUCAGGGUGCUGCUGCUGGUGCAGCAGUAGGCGCUGCAGUAAUUUUUGGCCGUGAAGAGUUCCACAGGUGGCGUCUGUCCAAGGGCGUGCAGCGCUAUGAAGCCAAGUAUGGUGAAGCUCCUGCCGUGUAUCAUCCAACGACAGCAGUGCUGGUGGAAAGUCAGGGCCCCCCACGCGAGUUGGUAUUCCCGUCCUUGUUGCCGGCUAGUGCGAAGAUUUCGGAAGAGGAAGUCGAGCGUCGUAUAGUUGCUCGAAUGGACGAACUUCGCAAGGAGACGCAAGAAGAGGCUGCCGCAGCCGCGAACGAUGAUAAGAAUGGCCAAAAGCUCACGGAAUCUGAGUGA